AUUGAAAUAGGGCGAAAAAAGAAGAAAAGGAGAGACGCGUUUCUUAAUCCUUCUUUCUUUCUAUUUUUCUUGUCUUUUAAGCAAGCAAAGACUAUGGAUUCCGAAAGUAAAUCAAUUACCGUUGAAGAAACCUUCACUACGACAACAACAACGACUGCUUCUGACAACAUGAGCAGCACUCCCUUUGCUAGUAAAGCAUUAACUGACGAUUCAAUUCCAACAACUACUGUUGAUGAAUCUGUGGCGGAAAAGAAAAAAACCUCCGGGAAUCUUGACAAUGAUGACGUGAAUAACACAAGUACUGACGAAGGAGAAUCUCUGGAAGCAGAGAUAAAUGAUGCAGUUGUUGCUUCUGACAUUCCUCAUGCUGUUGAUACUGAAAAAGGCGACUCUGUGAUUGUCGAAAAGGAACAGAAGAAUGACGAUACAGAAGAGGAAAAGACUGCUGUUGGUGAGAAAGAUGCUUCGACUGCUGCUGCUGCUGUUGUGGCUGAAAAAACUGAGACAUCAACUUCAAAUGCUGAAUCCAAACUUGAAUCGCCAUCUUUGACUACUACAAAUGAAAUGAAAGCAAAUGAUGUUUCACCUGUUGCUGAUAUUAACGAUCGAGAUACUCUGGAUAUUGAUAGAAAGAAUCCAAUUUUUGAAACAAAAACGUCUACCGAAAAAGAUGUAAAAUUGCUGGGCGAAAAGGCUGACCCUUUGGCUGAUGACGAUGUUAUUGGUAUGGAAGUCUCAGUAGAGAGUCGUAACAAUGACAAUAAGCCUGCUUCUGCUGUUAGCUUUGCUGAAAAUAAUGAAGCUGAUACGAACGCGACUGCUAUUUCUUCACAAUCAAUGGAAGACGAAUUCGAUAAGCGAAAAGAAGUUAAUUUGGAACGAAGUUUGAACGCAAAACUGGAUGUAAAUGCGAACUCUGCUGAUACUGUUGAUGAGGAUAUUGUUAUGGAAGAUGGUUCAAUAGAAGCUGCUAGAGAGAGCAAAGAAAAAGUUGAAAUAUUAGAAACAAUCACUAUUACUGAGCAAGCAUUAACAAGAACAUUAAGUCAGACAGAUAGUGAUACCUCUAUGGAAGAUGAUGAAGAUAUUGGUAUAAUCACUCCUAAUAUAGCUAGUGGCGAUAACAAACCAGAAAGCGUUAUGGAAACGGAUAAUAAUAAGGAAUACACCGACGCUAGUGCUGAAAAUGAAGAUAAGGAUGACAAUAACAAUAAAAGAGAUAGUAAGAACAGAAAGAAGGAGAGCAACAGUAGCAGCAAUAGCAAUAAAGGCAAUAAAAAAUCUGACAAAAAGAACAAGAAAAGGAAGGCAAAUACUGUACCUGAGCCUGUGAAAGAAGAGGAGCCUAUUGAAGAGGAAGAGUAUGAAGUGGAGGCAAUUGUUACCCACAAGAUCUACAAGGGUAAAGUCGUAAAGUACGAAAUUAAAUGGAAAGGAUAUCCUCCAGAGGAUAAUACAAUGGAAAGCGCCACCACCAUUCACGAUGACGUACCUGACUUAUGCAUUGAUUAUUGGAACAGGCAGCCACAAAACGUCUCAAGACCCUCCAAUAUCCCUAAGCCAUCCAAAUCAAAAGCUACUACUGACGAACCAUCACAGCAGAACAGCAGAUCCGAGGAAAAUGUAAAGUCAAAGGAAACUUCAAUCACAAGUACUGAGGUGAGUGAUCGAAAAGAAGACGGCCUCAAUGCCAAGGCUGUAGCUGAUAACAAAAAGCCGAUAUCACGACAACAGCAACAACAGAGAGGGAAGAAUGUUACAGGUCAGAAGAGAACCCAGGCUGAUGUAAACGAGGACGAACCAGAAACAGACGAUGCUAUGCCCAAAAAAUAUCAAAAAUUGAUGGAGCAUAUCCCACCUUAUAUGGCUGACUUAAAUUAUAUUUUUCCUAUCAACUGGCCAAAUGACAAGACAAACUGGAGUCUAGAUGUAAAAAAGAUAUGCGUACAACAAUCACCCUUAGAUAAAAAGAAACUUUUUUGCUUCAUUGAAUGGAAUAAUGGUAAAAGAACGAUCCAUAAUAUGAAAGAGGUUCACCAAAAAAUUCCAGAGAAGUUGAUUCAGUACUACGAAGAAAGAUUGCAAUUUGUCUAACCAAAAAACUAUCAUUCCUACAGCAUAAUAUAUUUAUCUAUGUAUAUCCAACAUAAUUCUAAAGUUUCGUAGAAAACACACAUCUACGUUUUUCUUUUUUUCUUUUUUUUUUUUAUCUGCUCUCCUCUACUCUAUCUUCGAGGGUAAACCAUUGAC